ACUCACUCACAGUCAACUUUUUCCACCAUACACAUAAGUGAUAACCAGAAAUCCCAAAUUCAUUGUGCUAAAAUGGCGAAAUCACAAGAACAACAAGUUAAAGCACUUCGCGAAAUCAUCAAUUCCCCAGGCUGCCAUCAAGGUCCAGCUUCUUUCGACGCACUCAGCGCCAAACUAAUCGAAUCCGCCGGUUUCUCUUACUGCAUUACAAGCGGUUUCUCAAUUUCAGCAACCAGAUUAGGUCUUCCAGAUGCCGGUUUCAUUUCUUACGGUGAAAUCCUCGAUCAAGGUCGUAUCGUUACUCAAUCUGUUAAUAUUCCUGUUAUUGGUGAUGCUGAUAAUGGUUAUGGUAAUGCCAUGAAUGUUAAGAGAACUGUUAAGGGUUUUAUUUCUGCUGGUUUUGCUGGAAUCAUUCUCGAAGAUCAGAUGGCGCCAAAAGCAUGUGGACACACACGCGGGAGGAAAGUCGUUUCGAGAGAGGAGGCAGUUAUGAGGAUUAAAGCAGCAGUUGAUGCUAGAAAUGAGAGUGGAUCUGAUAUUGUGAUUGUGGCUCGCAGUGAUGCACGUCAAGGUGUGUCUCUUGAAGAAGCGCUUUGGAGGUCAAAUGCAUAUGCUGAAGCUGGAGCUGAUGUACUUUUUAUAGAUGCACUUGGUUCUGUUGAAGAGAUGAAGGCUUUUUGUCAAGUUGCUCCUCAUGUUCCUAAACUGGCAAAUAUGCUUGAAGGAGGAGGAAAAACACCGAUACUUAAUGCUCAGGAACUUGAUCAAGUUGGUUAUAAACUUGCUGUUUAUCCACUUUCUUUGAUGGGUGUUUCCAUACGAGCGAUGCAGGGUGCACUCGGUGCCAUCAAGGGAGGCGGUAUUCCUCCACCGGAGAGCAUGCCAUCUUUUGAAGAAAUUAAGGAUAUUGUUGGUUUCAACGCUUAUUAUAAAGAGGAGGAGCGCUAUGCUACGGGUACAGAUCACCAGCUUUAAGCCUUUAAGAAAAGAGAACAAAAUUGAGUAAAUAACAACCCUUUUACAGAAGGGCGUUUUAGUCUUCUCAUCUCAGUUGUAUUGUAUCGUAUGUAAUCUAGACAUGCUUUUAUCUCCUUAACUUGUGUAUCUGGUUCAGCAUAUGAAGCUAAAUAUCUGAUCAGCGUAUUUAUCAACAUGAAUAAAAUCCAUCUUAUGAAUCA